CAUUGCCGACCAAAUCAUCGAGUUUUUCUACCUAGAGGAGAGAUGCCAAAGUGGUUGCUGCCCAAUAAAGAGGGUUAUAUAUCUUUCGUGGCUUCAAAGAACUUAUAUGAAAAGAUCCUAGGAGUAGCUUUCUGUGUUGUAUUUCAAGUGGUGCAUAGGUCACGUGAGAGUACUUCAUUCGAGGUUAUAGGAUCUGUUAAUUGCAAAGCCGCAAUACACAAAAGGCAUUUGAAGUUCUUUGAUUUGGAUAAUUUUUGGCUGGAGUAUAUGGAAUUAAAGGAUUUGUGGACAAUAGACCAUUUUGAUCCAAAUGACCAGACUCAUUUCCGCAUUAGCAUUAGAGUAUGCAAUUAUCAAAAACUACUUGUGAAGAAGUGUGGAUUCCGACUAAUAUGCAAGCCACUAGAGAAUGAUUCAGAAGUUUUGCUUCAAGACGAUCAGUUGCUAGAUCCAGCUUUAUUGUACGAGGUUUCGCAUGAAGAUAAUCCAAUGAGCACAAAGGAAAAAGGAUUGAACAUGGUUAAUUUGUCAAUCGAGAGGCAUCGCUAUUCCAGCCUUUGGUCUCACUAUGGGAAUGUUAGCCCCGGAAGAGAGAUGCCAAAAGGGUUCGUCCUUGUUGAAGACGGUAGUAUAUCUUUCAAGGCUUCGAAAGACUUGUACAACAACUUCAUAGGAUUUUUUCUAUGUGUUGUCUUUGAUGUAGAAGAUGGAGAAAAGGAAGUAUCUUUCGACAUCAUACCACAUGUCAACGGCCAAAGGCGGAAUGAGGUAUCGGGAACUCUCGGUUCAUUUGAGACAAAUCACGUGUGGCUUCAAUUUUUCGGAACAAAUGCGUUGUGGGGAUUGUUGGAGGGAGUAGUCGACUUUGGUCAAUUUGACGAGAGUUAUCCGAUAUUUAGCCUUAAUAUUAGAGUAGCGGGUGCAACUGUUAAAAAGCUAGGAUAUGUGUUGCAAUCCAAUCCUCUAGAGGAUGCUUUGAAGGUUGAGAUUGAAAAGAAUUGCUUAAUGGAUCCGGCUUCACUCUUUGAGGAUAGGGAGGAUCACUGUGCUAUGUGAGGAGCGGAUGGAAGGAUUGGUGCAAGAGACCGAAGACAGGAAUGCAGGGAGAGACUCAAUAUAUUAGAAGAGGGGCAUCAUGCCUGGCUCAUGUGUCUUCAGCAUGGGGGUGCUACGAGAGGUAAAGC